CAUUGGCAUUCCCACUAUCAAUACGUUUCGCCUUCCCCGUUUGAAGACUCCAAGCUCGACACAAUAUAGGUGACCGAAAGACGGCCUUGAAAUUGCAAGCAUGGCAGCGGUGUCAGCACCAAACGAGACAGUCUAUGUCCGCAACCUCGAAGAGAGAGUCAAGGUCGACGACCUCAAGGAAGCCCUCAGCGAAAUCUUCAGCGAGUACGGAAAUGUCGUCGAGAUUGUCGCGAAGCGGAAUCUCAAAGCGAAAGGCCAAGCCUUCGUAGUCUUUGAUAGCACGGAAUCCGCAACGAAGGCGAUCGAGGAAGUGCAAGGGUUCGAGCUGUUCGAAAAACCCAUGGCUUUGGACUAUGCGCGAACCAAAAGCGACGCCACCAUAUUACGGUCCGGAGAUGAAUCUACGUUCGAGGCGCACAAGCGGGCGCGUUUGGCAGAAAAAGAGCGGAAGCAGGCUCUUGAAGCGCAGGAGAGCCAGAAGAAACUGAAACGACCUGCCGGCGUCGCCCCCGAACCGACACCAGCACGACCUGCGAAACCAUCCAAAGGCGCUGGUCUCAAAUCCACCGCGGGAGCUGGAGCGGUCAUCCCCGACGAGUACCUCCCACCGAACAAGAUCCUGUUUGUGCAGAAUAUCCCCGAUGGCUACGAUAUCGAUGCUUUGACUGCCAUUUUCAGUCGCUUCGAGGGAUUCAAAGAGGUUCGCCUAGUGCCUGGACGGAGCGGAAUAGCGUUCGUGGAAUAUGAGGCAGAGACGGGAGCAAUUAGUGCAAAGGAAAGAACAGCGGGCAUGGUGCUUGGAGAGGGGGACCGUCCCAUCAAAGUGACGUUCCAGAGACAAUGAACGGUGUUCAUCGCAUGGCAAAAGGUUGAGCAAGGCGUUGGUGGAAUUAUCUCAUUCCGGUAUUUGCAUGGGUGGCAGUCCAAUACAACACUACGUACAGGCGUCCUUCAAGGCAAAAACGGACUCCUUCAAACGCCGAACAUGGUGGAUUUAAGCAUCCAUUGCCAGGGAACCGAACGAAAAGCAGGUUAGAAUAUGACAUCUUCGUUCUCUUGAUCACCGAGCAAAUCCGUCGUUCCCUCUUCACUCUCCGCGAUCUUUUUGGAGUUUGCUUCCCUUUCCUUCUCCGCAGCUGCCGCAUCGCGC